UCAUUUAGUUCGUGGCGUGUCAAAUCGGAAAAAUAUUGGUUUAGAUCCAAAUUUAUAGGCUUGUAGGACAGAAGUGCUCAAAAUUGGCAGAUUCGGAUAAAAAUUAUUCUGUGGAAAAUAAAAAGAGACACUCCAUACAAUGGUAACAGCUACAGUACUACAGUACAUCCUUGCAUUUGCAAUGUUUGUAGUAACAGCUGCAAUUGGAAUUGUUCCCCUUUUUAUUGUGCGGGUGAUGAAACGAAGUCAGAACGAAAGUGAGCAGGGGUACCUGUCCUAUUUGACUUGCUUUGCCGGCGGUGUGUUCCUUGCCACGUGCUUCUUGGAUAUCAUUCCUCAUAUUAACGAAGGAUACGAAGAGCUCAUGGAGACCUACGAUCUUAACUGGCACUUCGCAUACCCCCAAUUCGUAACCUGCUGCGGAUUCUUCUUCAUCUACUUUAUCGAGGAGUUCACCACUUUUGUUUUCGGGAAUGGUCAACAACCUGGUCACGGGCACUCGCAUUCGUUGAAUAAGGGCAACAAAAUCACCACGACGUCAGACGGGAGACUCAGCCCGGGGAUGCCCAAGGAAAGAAAAGGAAGUGUCAAUAUUACAAACCUCCGAAUGGAAGAAGCCUCAACCUGGGUAGUCUCUGAUGAAAAGUCGAACAUUCUGAAAUCCCUGACCUUCGCCGUCGCAAUGUCCUUCCACUCACUCCUAGAAGGAUUUGCCCUCGGAGUUCAGGACUCGAAAGGAAGGAUCUACGCGUUGUUCUUCUCACUGUUGCUACACAAGGGUGUUGAGGCAUUUUCAGUUGGCUUGCAGAUUUCUAUGGCUAAUUCGAAUAAGGUCAAAACCGUCCUCGCCACCAUCCUCAUCUACAGUCUCAUGGCCCCACUCGGCUCCAUCAUGGGCUCCAUCCUCCAAAACUCGGAAACCAACAUUUACAAAGACUGUGCCAUCCUGCUCCUCGAAUCCCUUGCCGCUGGAACAUUUAUCUACGUGACAUUCAUCGAGAUAAUGGCAUCCGAGAAGAGCAACGACUUUAACCAUUUGAAACAGUUGUUAUGGAUCAUAAUCGGGUUCGCCUUGGUCACAACCAUGCAGGUCUUCUUUGGACAUGAGCAUGGUGGGGAGCAUGCUCAUGGGGGAGCAGAAGGAAAUGGUACGGAGCAUGGGCAUCAGCAUCACCAUCAUGGUCGUUGAUUAGGAUUUACUGAUCUAAUUUAAAUCGAAUGCUUUAAGACGUAUUUAGUUGUAUAAUAAAACUAUAAAAUCAUUUUU